AUGCUCACGAAAAGUCAUCCACGAAUCACCCUCUCUGGGCUCAGUGUUCUUCCGUCUGGGGAUUCCCCCCAUCUCACCCUACACCUUCCACACCCACCUUCCACAUUCACGCCCUCCCUAUUCAUACCACUCUUUCCGACUCUUCCAGUCAUCCACGUGCCAGUGGCCGAUGCCGGCGCUCUUAACCCUGGCGGAGUCAUCAAGGUUCCGACGCGCGGCCCGUGCUCCGCGACGCCCGUGCCGCUGACCGUCUCGACCGCCGCGGAUUUCGCGCAGCGGCUGCAGUACACGCCGAACACGACGGUCGUCAUGUACCUAACGGGCAACAUCACGACCUCCACCGUGGUUUGGUUCAACGCGUCGUAUUCCUGCACCAUCAUCCGCCCGCAACCGGGACUCACGUCCAUGCCCUGGAUCUGGCUCGAUAACGUCAACUCGCCCGCGGUGCGGGUGGAGAGCGCGACGAACAUGCAGUUUGUCGGGAUCGGGAUUGGAUUCCCGUGGACGAACACCGGCAUGGUGGCGUGCGGCGGGCUGCCCGAGUUCCCGUCGCGCUGGACGUGCCCCGUGCUACACAUCUACCGCGGAUGGGCGGUCACUUUCUCCAAUGGGCAAGUGCAGGGGCGCACGGACGUGUAUCGGUCGGGCGCGGUGGAGUUUUCGUACCAGAAGCACGUGGUGGAUUAUCUGGACGGCACGCUCUUCAGCUACUCGUGCAUCCGCUUCGCCGUCAACGGCGACCCCGUCAACCUCAUCCGCUCGCUCAACAAGGUCGUCAACAGCGAGAUCCGCGGCGCGUGGACGUCGAUCAUGAUGUACGCGGGGACCGUGGGCACCAUCAUCGCGAACAACUACAUCACGGACUUUCAGUUCUGCGGCGUGCAGUGCGGCAUGGGCGACAGCAACGUCGCGGAUUGCAUGCUCAACACCAUCCAGGAUAACUACAUCAUCCCCGGCCCCGCUUACCCCACCAACAACGGCGACGGCGCCGGGAUCUAUUACGAUCUGCAUUGGUACAACCCUGGCAAUCUGGACACGUGCAACUACAUCGUGGGCACGACGCACUGUCACUACCUGGACUUCACGACCUCGGGCCUCACUAUUGACGGCGCUGUGUGCAUUCGCAACCAUGAUGGCAUCAAGAUCAACACCGGCCACGCCAACAAGGUGCAGAGCUACCUGGUGGUGAAUCCGCAGUGGCAGUCAGGCAUCAUGAGCUGUCAGAACUGGUGCGACAACAACUGCAACUCGUGGGCCGGCCGCGGUCUUGGUUACAAGUGGUACAGCGCCUAUGUUGCUCGCUUUGACACUCCCGGCUGGCGCAAG